GUCGCAUUGAUUCAUCUAAGUGCAUUUGCUGUAGUCAGUUCUAUACAAAAACUAACAUGUCUCUAGUUGCCGGAAAAGAAAACAUAGCUGAGAACAUGGAAAAAUUCUCGCUUAAGAGUCCGAGCAAGAAAAUCUUGACAGAGAACGCAAAUAACGUUCGGAAAAUGUCCAUUCCAAAUGAAGACAAUGCAGCUCCAGUGCUUGCUGCUAAGGAAGAUGACGACCCAAUCAAGGCAAUAACAAAAGUGGUGAAUGUGUCUAGUGCACCUUUCGACCCAUCGCUUGAGCCAUUGCUCCGAGAGAACCCUCGCCGCUUUGUCAUCUUUCCCAUACAAUACCAUGAUAUCUGGCAAAUGUACAAAAAGGCCGAAGCAUCUUUCUGGACGGUCGAAGAGGUGGAUCUGUCCAAGGACAUGACAGAUUGGAAUCGCCUGACUGACAAUGAGCGUCACUUUAUAUCUCAUGUGUUGGCAUUCUUCGCCGCAUCAGAUGGCAUUGUCAACGAAAAUCUGGUAGAACGCUUUAGCCAGGAGGUGCAGAUAACCGAGGCACGUUGUUUUUAUGGCUUCCAAAUUGCCAUGGAGAACGUGCAUUCGGAAAUGUACAGCGUACUUAUCGACACCUAUAUACGUGAUCCUCAUCAACGCGACUAUCUUUUCAAUGCGAUUGAGACUAUGCCAGCAGUAAAGCGCAAGGCGGACUGGGCCCUCGCUUGGAUUUCUUCAAAGUCAGCCAAUUUUGGUGAACGCAUUAUAGCUUUUGCCGCCGUCGAAGGCAUCUUCUUUAGUGGCAGCUUCGCUUCAAUCUUUUGGUUGAAGAAGCGCGGUCUUAUGCCCGGUCUUACCUUCUCAAAUGAGUUAAUUUCACGCGACGAGGGUCUACAUUGCGAUUUUGCCGUGCUGAUGUUCCAGCAUCUGGUUCAACGUCCCAGUCGUGAACGCAUUAUUGAAAUCAUUUCAGAUGCUGUAGUCAUCGAACAGGAGUUCCUCACAGACGCUUUGCCCGUAAACUUAAUUGGCAUGAAUUGCAAACUGAUGUCUGAAUACAUUGAAUUUGUCGCCGAUCGUCUGCUGGUAGAGCUCGGUGUGGGCAAGAUCUAUAAUACAAAGAACCCAUUCACUUUCAUGGAGCUCAUUUCGCUGGACGGAAAGACAAAUUUCUUUGAAAAAAAAGUGGGCGAGUAUCAACGCAUGGGCGUUACAUCGAAUCGUUUGGACAAUGUUUUUACGCUUGAUGCGGAUUUCUAACCAAGGGCUUUUAAGAUUAACAUCCCUAAUUCAAUAUUUAUAAACGUUUUAUAUUUUAAACAAUUUAAAUACAAUUUAGUAUGUAAGUUAAAAAUUGACAUCAUCCUUGAAAUGUAAGCAAAAAAAAAAAAAUGCAUUCUCUUGACUUCCACAAAAAGUUCUGUUUAUUGAUAGCGAUAUCUUAUUUUACAUUACGAAUUCAUUGUAAAUAACAUUAAAGAAAUGUCUAGCAUA